UUAAAGACGAUAUCAAAUGCAAUUCACGCUAUUCACGGUCCUUACAAUCUUGGCAAUCACUUGCACAUCAUUAGCAAAAUUCACAAUUACCGUACCAAACAAGAACAAUUGGUGGAUCGCCUCAGAGUCUCAGACAUUCGCUUGGAAAUCGAGUGCAUCUGAUCCAGAUCAAUUCAUCGUUAUUAUAAAAAACGAUGAUGAAAAAGUCUUGCCUUCAAAGCAAGCGGCAGUAACCGGAAUCGUAGAUUCCGAGCGUGGUUCAUACCAAGUUGACAAUAAUGCUGGUGUCAACCUCGACGCCGGUAAAGGCUAUUACCUUGUCUUCGCAGAUCCGACAGACCAAAACAAAGAAUACGCUCAAUCGGAGGAAUUUGAGAUCAAGCCGAAGGGAAGCCAAUAUCCAGAUCCAUCUGCAACAAUUCCAAGCACAGCGAACGCAAAGCCAACUGGUAGCUCAAACAACAGUUCAAACAAUGACGAUUCCUCACGCGUAACCCAAGUAAGCAUUUCAAUGGUAGCUCUCGCAUUAGUCGGAUUAGCAUCUCUUGUUCUUAUUUAAGAUUUCUAUUAUAUAUUUGGUAAUACAAAAAAGAAAAACAUGUCAUGAGUAGAGAAUAUCGUGAGCAAAAAUGAGAGAAAAUAAAACAUAGUUGUUGAAAAUGUUCGUACUAUUGGUAAUGUUGGUAAUGUUACAUCCGAGAUCCUAAAAAGUGUAGUGGGCAAUUCUGAUCUAUUUCUAGAUACCCAAUCCUAAUCCAAAUGGGCCUUCACGCUUGACUGGCGAGCGCUUAGUUGGGGAAGCGUAAGGAGAACUGCGCUGUACAGUUCUCUUAUGUCUCGUCGGCGAACAUAGACUAAGUUUUUCUGUCUGACUCAGGAGUGAUUCUGAAGGUGGACUGAGUGGAGUGAAUUUUGGCAACGACGUUCCGGCUUGUGGUGUCUUAUCAUUGUCAAAUAUGUCAUUAACAUUAGAGAUACUAGGUCUGUGUGCCCGUGGGAAGGCAAUUGAACGUGGCCUUGACAUUGUGGUAGUUUGCGGCGUCGACGUUAAAGCUGUCAUGAGGUGAUUCGAUGUAGGCUGCGUUGUGACUGAGUGCGAUCUAUAUCUCACUCUGCGAUGUGAUGCAGUUGUCUUUCUAUUGUUUUGUACUGGUUCGGUCGCUUGCUCAGCUGCAUAUUGGCCAGCCAUUACGGCAGACGAGCGAGCUUCUUCGACAGCGUGGGUGAGCAGUUGUACUUUUGUAAAUGACGUGUUGUUCUCAAGCGAAGAUAAGACAGCUUGGGCGGUAACGUCAGGUAAUCCUCGAAUAUAAGCGUGUGUCGCUUCGCUCUCGGUGAGGCGUACGCCAGCAGCCAUAAGCUUCUGCACUAUUGCUGUGACAUGCGCACUGUAGUCGCUUACUGUAGCGAAUUGUGAUCUAGAUAAUGAUAGCAUCUUCUGUCUAUAGUAGAACUCAUGUGCUGGUGUGAGCACAAAUUUUCUGUGGCCACUGGUGAAAGUUCCCGAGUUGAGUGCUGGUGAAUGGACCGGGCUGAAAGUGAACUGAUCAUCGUCACUCUCGUCAGAUUCAGGUGGUGAAGGUCUCUUGUGUUGCAGCGGAGGCAAAUGCGGCUUUAUGAAACGAUCGCUCGGGCUGCUUGAUCUUGUUUCGAGACUAGACAUGGUUUAGAUUGUCUUGUUUAUUUGAUCG